GCGGAGCAGCUCGGCCCGGCUGCUGCUUCAGGACAGCUGUGUGCCAAGAGAGCUGUAAACACUUAUUGCAAUUUAUUAAACUGCUAUCGUCUACUCUGAUUUUUAGCUGUAUGAUUUACCCACUUAUUGUUUUUUAAACGGAUAACAUGGCGGCGACAGGACACCCGGGCUCCUCAGAACAGGGAGGCCUGUCCAGCUCAGUGACUCACUACGGCUCCACUGACAGCAGUGGAGAGCAUGACCACCAAAGCAACAGUCAUGGCCACAGCCAUAACAACCAUCGGUUUCCCACGGCGACAGCGGGUCAUUGGGUCGGAGCUGACCAGGAAGAGGAGGCCAUUCGCAGGAAGUUGAAAUACUUCUUCAUGAGCCCUUGUGAUAAAUAUCAUGCCAAGGGCCGCAAGCCUUACAAGCUGAUCCUGCAGCUGCUCAAGAUCUUUGUGGUCACAGCUCAGUUGGUGCUUUUUGGCCUCAGUAACCAGGUGGUGGUGACCUUUAAGGAGGAGAACACUAUGACCUUCAAGCACCUCUUCCUCAAAGACUAUGAUGAGUCCACAGACGACUCCUUUGCUGUUUACACGCAGAACGAUGUCUACGACCACAUCUUCUAUGCCGUGGAACAGUAUCUGGCCUUACCAGAGACCACAGUGGGACGAUACGCAUACGUCUACGGUGUUGGUUUUAACAACAGCGCGCUCUCCCUCUGCCAGCAGUACUACAAGAAGGGAAGCAUCGACCCAGCCAAUGACACGUUCAGUAUAGACCCUCACGUCAUAACAGACUGUGUAGGUGUGGACCCGCUGGCCGUCCCUCCAGCUCCGCUCACAAGCAGCUACAAGAACUUUACACUCAAGUUCCACAAGCUCAUUAACGUCACAAUAGAGUUCCAGUUGAAGGCGAUCAAUAUACAGACCAUCAUCAACAAUGAGAUCCCAGACUGCUACACUUUCUACAUAACGAUAGUCCUGGACAACAGGGCUCAUAGCGGCAAGGUGAAGAUCCGUUUGGAAAAUGAGGCAUCAAUAAAGGAAUGUAAAGACCCAAGUGUCUCUGGACAUGGUGAGAUGACUGAGAACUACACACGCGUCGCGUUUGAUGUCGCUGUGGCUUUGGUGUGCACGCUGUCACUGGUGCUGUGUGGACGCUCCAUACUGCGAGGCAUCAUGCUGCAACAGGAGUUUGUGCAGUUUUUUAAGGACACUCUGGAUCGUAAAGUGUGCUGGGGAGACCGGCUGGAGUUCAUUAACGGGUGGUACAUCCUCCUUAUCAUCAGCGAUAUCCUCACCAUCACUGGCAGCAUCAUCAAAAUCGGCAUUGAGUCUAAGAAUAUGUCCUCGUAUGACUUGUGCGGUAUCCUGUUGGGAACCUCAACACUCUUAGUGUGGGUCGGAGUCAUUCGCUACCUCACAUUCUUCCAGAAAUACAACAUCCUGAUCGUGACACUUCGAGCAGCGUUCCCCAAUGUGAUUCGGUUCUGCUGCUGUGUGGCUGUCAUUUAUUUGGGCUACUGCUUCUGUGGCUGGAUUGUCCUGGGACCAUACCACGUCAAGUUCCGUUCUCUGUCCAUGGUGUCAGAGUGUCUGUUCUCCCUCAUUAACGGGGACGACAUGUUUGUGACAUUCGCGGAGAUGCAGGAGAGCAGCACACUGGUGUGGCUGUUCAGCCAGGUUUACCUGUACACCUUCAUCUCCCUCUUCAUCUACAUGGUGCUGUCGCUGUUUAUUGCUCUCAUCACAGGGGCCUACGAGACCAUCAAGCACCAAACACAAGAACCCAUCCACAUCACAGACCUGCAUGCCUUCAUAGCAGAGUGUACAGACGCUCCGAACUCUGGGAAGUUCAGGGGUCUGGAGACCUCGCCGUGCUCCUUUUUCUGCUGCUGUGACAGAACGACGACAUACGAGGACGUCCUUCUGGUGAACUGAAGUGGACCUCAGUGACCUCAGAAGCCUCACCAUCCCCCCCUGCUGACCACAGGGACACACUGCACACUCCUGACGCACAGUGUCUCCUCCCAAUAAGCUGUAUCUGGGUCAAACCUCAGCACUCAUGUGUAGAAGGCGUCACCGUCAGCUGGACCAGCACUCUGUAGAAGUAAUGUAUAACAGCAGUCUUCUUCUUAUUGGAGUGCUUAUCUUUCCUGUUAAUGAAGAAGAAACCGAAGGCGGGAAUAGGCCUUUCCUCUUUAUUGACAGGACUCAGCAUCAUGGAUGACUAGUGUACAGACACUUCUCUGUUCCGUGUUGGCUUUUUAAAAGAAACUUUUCUAAUAUAUUUAAUGAUGUACAACGUUGAACCAGGAGCAGGACGUAUCGUCUUAUUGACUAAGUGGAUACAGGCGCCAUGAUGAGGACUGCAGGAGUGCGUACCUGGUGCUGAAUGUUUUUAUGUUCUUGUUUUUUUUUUUUUCAUUUAAUAGUAUUUCAAAAUAGUUUACCUCUUGAGGACAGGGCACUUGUACAUCUCACAAAACAUGUCCAGCAACGCACACACACACACAACAAACAUUAAUUUCUCCAAAAACAGAAGAGCAGAAGACACUGGAAUCAAAUAAUAAGAUGAUGAAGAAGAAGAAACUUUUGUAGCACAAAGUGUAUCACAAUUAGGAAAUUACACAAUAUCAAUAUACAUAAAACAAGGAUUGAAUGCCAUAAUGAAUGGAAAAUUAUGAAAAAUAAAACACACUUCAUGAUAAUAGUAAAAUAAGAUACAAAAUAAAACAGAUACCAAUAGAUGGAAAUCAAAUUCACAGAAUAAUACAAUCCAAGGAUAAAAUAUUAAAAUCAGUGAGUGACCAUAUUUGCAGCAUCAGGGGUGGACUUGAUUUUUUUAAGACAAGAGUAUUUCACCCUGACUGCAUUCUCUACCAAUUGGCACAUAGGUCUCUAAAGUGACUAUUCCUGACAGACAUGGACUCACCACUGGUCUUAAUUAUGAUUGAAUCCACAUAACGACAUAUACAUUCGUACAGAAAGAAGGAAAUCCACCUUAUAGUAGUCUGUCUUUUUUGAGACAGUCAGGGAGAUUGCUGCCAGACAAAAAUGUUGGCAAACGGGACCACAAACAGUCGUACGGUGUGAGGUUUCAGGUGUGCAAUUGAUUUGUUUUCUCUCCCACAAGCUGCACCUUCAGUAUAACGUUUCAAACAGCUUCUUCAGCUGCUGCACAAGCACAAUGCUGCCUUCAGAUGUGAGAAUACUGCUGUUGUAGAUUGUGUGCUGUAUUGUAUUUAUCUGAUCAAUAUGAUGUCACUAAUGAAGCACUCAGCAGCGCCUGUGGUUUGCUACAACAAGGAGGCUGUCCUCCAGACCCAAAUGCAUGUUUCUUUAUUAAUGAUGCCAAAGUAUGUGAAUCCAUUGGAAGGUAAAACUGUACUCCUUUAUAUACGACACUGAUGGCCGUCUACAAAAAUGACUACAAAAAUGAAUCGUGUCGACAAAGUGAGGCAGCAUUUAGGGUAGAUAACCAGAAUGCAACUAAAUGAUAGUAGAAACAUAUUUAUAGCUCCGUAAUAAUGUCCUGUCGUACUGAAUCAUGCUUUUUAGUCAGUGUGCUGUCUUCAUAAUGAUGUCUUUGUCUAAAACUGUAACCCAGUGACUGGAUCAUUAGUACAAGCUGGAUUUUCUUUUUCUUUGUAACACACAAAACGCACAAUAUCUAAAGGAGUCUCACAGUCUGGACUGUUUUUUUGUUGUUGUUUUUUUAGGAAAAUACUUUACUUUAAUGAAGAAAGAGCAGGAACCGGUUAAUGGGGGUGUGAGGUGACAGUAUUUUGUCAUAUCUGUCUAAUAAACCAGCAGUGUGACAUUUAAGCUAAAUCUGCUGCAAACGUGUGUCAAAUGUAUCAGUGGCCUUAAGUUUAAAUUAUGUCAUUCAUGUACAUAUUAUCUAGUGUUACCUAAUGGUACCUUUUCCUACCUUUUUUGUUUUUUAUACAAAUUAUCUGCACUUGAACUGUACUUGAAAAAAACAAACAUGAGUUGUCCUGAAGUAAUCUAUUUGAUGUCAUAUAUGUGUUGCCAACUGAUUAAAGUUCCCAAAAUCCUCUUUGAUAUUAAAA